GAAAAUAAACGGAAGAAAAAAGAAGCUGAAUUAGGAACUUUUAAAGAUGAAAACGAUAAGGAAAUUUGUAAUUGGCUAUUACAUUACUUAUUUACUUUUCAUCAGUAUAAUUCUAAACAGAAUUUAAAUGCUUUUGCGAGUGCCGAACAAAUCCAGCGUUAUGAUUUUGGAGUAGCCGCCAGAAUGGAAGAAAAUACAGCCGCUAUUGCUAGUUUAAUUAGUAAGGCUAUUAUUAAUUUAGGACAAGGCAUCACGGGAAAAUUAAGUGAAAUACGUGGGGAAAUGGUCGCUAAUUUCCAAGAAAUUGCUAAUUUACGGCAAGAAAUAGAUAAUUUUAGGAAUAAUUUACAGGCCUUAGACAAAGAUAUUGAAAAUUUCCGUCAUGAAUUUGCUCGUCUGCAAGACAAUGUCAAGAAUUCUUUACAAUUAACUAGUCAACAAAUAACCAGUCAAUUUAGUUCGCAAAUAAGUAAUUUGCAAAGUCAGAUUAGUCAGUUGGCCAGUCGACCGGCGGCUUCUGGUUCUAGUAGCGGGGGCGUAGAUGUGAGCGAUUAUAAUGAAUUAGUUAGAAAGAGUAACAAAAAAAGCGAAAUUGUCACUAAUUUUACUAGAGAAUUAAAUAAUUGUCUCAAUCGUGGUGGCAGUAGCCAAGAAAUAGCCAAAUUAGUGCAAGAUUUUAUCGAUAAGUGGAAUACUAGUUUAUAA